CCCUACCCUGCGCCCCGGCGAUCCCGCGGCUUGCCAGGGCCUGGCGGCUAAGAUUUCCUGGGGCUUGAAUCCUUAACGCAGAGGGAGAAGGAGGUUGGGUGAACCUCCUCCUAUCUCUGCUGGAAGAUGGAAGAACUCAGUGAAGCAGCGGGGAUGGCCAGAAGAGAAAGAGGGCUGAUUUCUGGGCGGUGCUAAAUCUGGGCGGGGACGUGGUCACCACCAAGGCUCCCAGCGGAGGCUAGGGCGGCCACGUACCGCUCCCUGACAGUGUGGGGUCCGCCCCGGCUUUGCUAUCCUCUGGGCCUCCUAACAUGUCCGAGGUGAAGAACCGGAAGAAGUCGGGGCCCAAGGGAGCCCCCGCGGAUCCCGGGAAGCGGAGCGAAAGCGGGAAGAGCCCAGAGUCCCGGGACAGUGGAAGUGGGGGCUGGGUGGACCCCCGGACUGGCGUGAGUCUCCUGUCACUGGGGAUGUGCCUAGGCCUGGCCUGGUUUGUAUUUCAGCAGAUGGAAAAGUUUGCAAAGGUGGAAAGCCAAUACCAGUUGCUGAAAAUAGAAACCCAUGAAUUCCAAGGACUAAGAAGUAAAAUCAGUUUAAUUUCAGAAAAGCUUGAGUCUACUGAAAGUAUCCUGCAGGAAGCUACAUCAUCCAUUUCUUUGGUGACCCAGUUUGAGCAGGAAGUGUCCAGCCUCCAGCAUGUCAUGCAUGACAUUCAAAAUAAUGAAGAGAUGCUCACUCAAGAGAUGCAAAGCCUUAAUGAGAAAUUCCACAAUGUUACGAAUCUCUGGAAGAGAAGCCUAGAAGAAAUGAAUGUUAAUACAGACAUUUUCAAGUCGGAAUCAAAGCAUAUACAUUCUCAAGUUACUGUCCAAAUUAACUCAGCUGAACAAGGAAUAAAAUUGCUCACUGAAAGGCUAAAAGAUUUAGAAGACAGCACACUCAGAAAUAUUAGAACAGUGAAAAGACAAGAAGAAGAGGAUCUUCUGCGGGUCGAGGAGCAGCUGGGCUCUGAUACAAGAGCAGUGGAAAAGCUGGAAGAGGAACAGCAUGCCCUCUUUGCCAGAGAUGAAGACCUGACCAACAAGCUUUCCAGCUACGGACCCAAUGUGGAAGAAUGCAAGACACAUUUGCCAACCAUAGAAAGUGCAAUUCGCUCUGUUCUCAAAGUUUCUCAGGAUCUGAUAGGGACAGAAAAGAAAAUGGAAGACUUAACUAUUCAGAUGUUUAAUAUGGAAGACGAUAUGCUCAAAGCAGUAUCUGAGAUCAUGGAGAUGCAGAAAACCCUUGAAGGACUUCAGUAUGAUAACAGCAUGUUAAAGAUGCAAAAUGAACUGGAUGUUCUGAAAGGAAAAGUUCAUGACUUUAUAGUACAUUCGAAUACAAGAGAAAAGGGGGCUUUAGAAGAACGUAAUCUGGAAAAUAAAGGAAUCGAUAGUGAUUUCUAAAUGCACUGCACCUAUUCUGAUGAACCAUAUUACUAUGCAUCAAUUGAUUGGUUCCACACUUCGGCGUUGUGUGAUGGUGUCUCACAUCAUCAUCGUCCUACGUUAUGGGGAAAGAAGUGAGAUGUCCACACAGAUGGAUUAUCCCGAUGCUCAAAGCCGAUCUCUUUAAGCAAUAAAACUUAUUUCAUUUUAACCAGAAAUAUUUUUAAAAUAUAUAUUUCUCUACUUUUUAAGAAGCAAUAUACUUAAUAUUUUUAAAUGUUUUUCUUAUCAUUAAUAGUCAUCAUUGUGAAUUUCACCUAUUUUUAUUAAUAUACAAACAUAUUAAUGUCUCUAGGAGCCAGGGAGGAUUACCUACUCACUAAAUGACCCCAGUGUGCUAUUUUUCAAACCUUAUAUCUAUCGUACUUGUUCUACCAUUUCUGUCACCCAAAAAGGUGACCUGACCUGAUCUUUCUGUCAGGUCAGUUGGUAAAAUGCCAGUUGCAGCCAGGUCUUCAUUUUUUUUUUUUCGUAAUUUACUACUGGCUAAGAAUCCAGACAGUGGAGUUCAUAGAAAUUUUCUCUAAAAUAAAAGAUAUCAGGCCCAAGGGCAAGCUGGGGUGCUUUGCUAUGAAUUAAUAUGCACUUUUUGAAAACUAUGGAGUCUUGGAAACUUUUUUUUUUUUUUACUUUUUGUUAAGGUUCUAAACUGUGUUACAGACACUUGUGAGAAUUUUUAAAUAGUAGUAAAUACAGAGUCAGGUGAAAGUAGUUUACAGUUGUGAGUACAUGGAACAGUAUAUUCUUAUAUUAUUACUUAUUAAUUACUGUAUUCUCUUCCUUAUGAGUAACUGUAGGCCUACUUUUGCCCCUCCAUGUACAUUUUUACUGAAGGUUUUUCCUAUGAAUUAAGUGUGUAUGCUUCGAAGUACGGACUUUUGGAAUAUCUCUGCAUAGCUGGGUUUUUUUUUUAAAGGUUCUAAGUGUAUUACAGAGUCUUGAGUUUACUAGAUACAGGAUCUCCAGAGAAACCACACACCAAAAGCCUGUGGCCUACUUUAAAGAGGAAAAAGCAGCAAAAUGAGAAAAAAUGAGAGCCAACCUGCUACCUCCCUAACUCUCCAGCCUCACCUCUUUCCACACUUUCCCUCCUUCCUUGCUCACACUCUUAACACCAAUUUUCUGCCUAGAAUGUUCCUGUCCUUGAGGGUCUUUCUCAAAUAUUACCUUCCCUUAACCCUCUACCUGUACCACCCCCAUCUAAAACUGUAAACUUCCAACUCUCUAUCCCCUUAACAAACUUUCUGUGUACCAAGUUUUAUGAACUAUUAUCCCCAGUAUAAGUUCUAGGAAUGCAAGGAUUUAUCUCUUCUGUUCACUACUAUACCCCCAAGGACCAGAAUGGUGCCAUUUACCUGACAAGAGUUAAGUCAAUAUUCGUGGAUAAUGACACUUAAGAGAUAUUUAUUUGCCGGGCAGUCUGCUUGUGCUGUUUGUUAAAGUCAAGACAAGUUAAGCCUUUAACGCACCAGCUGGGAACUGCACCACAAACAGAAAUGUGCGACAUGGGGCUGCAAACUAAGGCCACAGGCAGAUGUGCCAAAUGCUCAGAGGACGAGGCCUCAGGGCUUUACCUUUCCCAGGGCCAAUUCAGCUUCCCCCAACUCUGGGCUCUCCUCUGGGUUCCUGGUGCAGAGUGCAGGGGUUGGGGGGUAGGUGCAUGUGCUUGGGGUUAGGGUUAGGUUACUCAUCCAGAGGUACAAACUUCCUGCCUCUCCAAUUUAGGCUCAGGAUUUAAUGAAACCAAUUUAAAAGGCUCUGCUCUUCAGCCCUUGCCCUCUCUCCUUUGCCCCAGGGUCACUCCCCACGGUGGGCUGAGUACACAUAAACACAAAAAUAAAACUGAAAAAAGAGAUGAUGAAAAUUAAGGUAAUUAAAAGUCCAUCAUUUUAAAGAGUCUCCAAACUAAUUGCCCAACCAAGGUUGUUUCAUACAGUGAUUUUAUUUUACUCAAAACUCUGUAACAGAGUCACAAGGAAUAAGAUAUGAUUAAGCAGAGAUCCAGCUGUAUUUUUUGAAUAAUGAUAAUCAGAAAUGUGCAGGGUUGGGGGAGGCCUUGGGACUUUUAUUGGUAAACGGAUGUGUCAAGAGUGUCCAAACUUGGCACUGAAAACUGAGUCAACUGCAUGUGGAAGUCCUGUUCCUUCUUGUUUAUUCUUAACAAUAAUCAACUGAAGUCCCGGUUUUAUAAUGCAAUUUCAGUGGAAUUAAGCACAAGGAACUUGAAAGCACUUGGCUACAAAAGGCAGUUGUGGUCAUGUAGAUUUACUAUGUAAAUCUGCACAUUUUUUGAAACAUUCCAAACAUGUUCUUCUAUGGUAGACAGCCAUUGAUCAUAAAAAUGGAAGUGUGCUACUAUUAAAAAGGCAUAGCAUUAAUUGCUGGAAUCCUAACAUUAAAUUGCUUAAAGUCUGAAUUUGUAAGUUCAUGUCUAUGUGCACUGACAAAAUUGUAUUUGUUUGCUUCUAUUUUCAUGCUAAUAAAAUAGAUUAUAAAGUGAGCUGGAACUUUGUUCUUUCAACAUCCAUCCUGUAAGAUGAGAUGCUGAUCUCUUGUAUUCUUCACUUCCACUUUUUUUUUCUGGUCUAGCACUGUAUUUGAUACCUCAUUAUUAUUAUUAACUUGUGUAUAUCAUAGUAAAAUAAAUAUUUACAGAAAAUAAAAGGAAACAGUGUGGCCACUGUGCUCUAUGGUGGCAGUU